CCUCGCCUCCGGUCUUUACGUUCUGCCUGCCUGCUCGUUUGACACCUCAAAUACAAACGGCUUCACCGCAAUGUCUCUCGGAAAAGUUGCCCGGAGUUUGGUGAGACCAGCCCGCGGCGUCCUGCGGCCCUCGGCUUUGAACCGAAGCUACGCCGCUGUCGCUGAAGCCAGAGCGGUGCUGGAGAAGGAGCUUGACGGUAUCCGAGCCGCUGGGACGUGGAAAGUGGAGAGGAUCAUCACGUCAAAGCAGGGACGUAAAAUCAACGUGGACGGCAGUCGUAGCAACAUAUUGAAUUUCUGUGCCAACAACUACCUUGGGCUGUCCAGUCACCCAGAGGUGGUGCAGGCAGGGAUUGAUGCUCUGAAGACACAUGGUGCUGGAUUGAGCUCUGUCAGAUUCAUCUGUGGCACACAGGAUCUACACAAAGAUCUGGAGCAGAAGCUAGCAGAGUUCCAUGAGAGGGAGGACUGCAUCCUCUAUGCUAGCUGCUUUGAUGCCAACGCUGGACUGUUUGAGGUUAUGUUGGGCCCAGAGGACGCAGUGCUGUCUGAUGAGCUAAACCAUGCCUCCAUUAUUGAUGGGAUCCGACUGUGUCGAGCGAAUAGGCUGCGCUACAAACACAUGGACCUCAGUGAUCUGGAGAACAAACUCAAAGAGUCUCAGUCGUCUCGUAUGCGCCUGAUCGUGACGGAUGGAGUCUUCUCUAUGGACGGAGACGUGGCUCCCUUAUCAGGAAUCUGUGACCUGGCUGACCAGUAUGGAGCCAUGGUGUUUAUAGAUGAAUGCCAUGCCACGGGAUUCCUAGGGCCCCGAGGCAGAGGAACAGACGAGCUCCUGGGAGUGAUGGACCGAGUUCACAUCAUAAACUCCACCCUGGGGAAAGCACUGGGAGGAGCAGCUGGUGGCUACACAGUCGGCCCUAAGCCUCUCAUUGACCUGCUGAGGCAGCGCUCGCGGCCGUACCUGUUUUCCAACUCCCUCCCCCCUCCUGUGGUGGGCUGUGCCAUGCGGGCUGUGGAGCUGCUGCUCGCAUCCAAUGAGAUUUCACAAAGCAUGACGGCCAAAACUAUGAGGUUUAGGAACAAGAUGACGCAGGCUGGCUUCACCAUCGGAGGCUCAGCUCACCCGAUCUGUCCUGUGAUGCUGGGCGACGCACGGCUGGCCUCUCUGAUGGCCGAAGAUAUGCUGAAGCUCGGAGUGUAUGUGAUUGGAUUCUCCUUCCCAGUCGUACCAAAGGGCAAAGCCAGAAUCCGUGUUCAGAUUUCAGCCGCCCACACAGACGAAGACAUCGACCACUGUGUGGACGCUUUCAUCCAGACGGGCAGAAAGCACGGAGUCGUCUCCUGAAAAGGACAGACGAGCAGGAAUCCGAAAGAUCCAGAGACCAGUAUGAGUUACUGAACAACAUGGAAGCGCUCUUACAGAUCAUGCUGCCUGUUACUCAAGAGUUAUGAAUGACGUUGAUGGAAAUAUUGGUUACAUUUGCAGCUCAGCGGAGAUUAAUGUUAUUUUUGUGUUUGCUUAACUGAAUAAAGCACUUUUUGCUGUGUAUAGUUGUUUGUAUUUUAAGAAAAAGGGCUGUUAAUUACAUAUUUCCCACAUAUUAUUUAGGCUACUCAUUCAUCCGUUCAACAGAUUGUGAGGAUAAUAAAACAUUUGGGAAUGCAACCAGUCACAAAACCUUGCCUUAUCAAACAUUCAACUCAUCUUUCAAAACCAAUGAAAUAUCUUGUGCUCUUUGUUUAUGCUUACUUUAGUGUGAGAAAUAUGUUUAGGAGUUAAGGAAGAUUUAAUAAUGUUUCAGCACACAGCGGUCAUAUGUUGUCUCUCAACACUUUAGAGCUGCUUUGCCUUUUUGUCUCAGGAGAAUUGCUGGAUAUGAAAACAAUGAAAAUAUUAAAGUCUCCCUUCACUCAAAAA